AUGGUCUUCAUUCUGGGUGUGAAUUUCCCCGAGCGGAAUCUCGUCAAGAAAUCACUCGAGACGUUCUUCGGCGUUGGUCCCCUGGUUUCUGCACGCCUCCUCGCCCGCUUCCACAUCCACCCCACAUGCAAGGUUGGGGAGCUUGCGAACAAGCAGGUUCUGGACCUCACAGCUGCUUUAUCCGACAUGAAGAUUGAGAAUGAUCUCCGGAGACAGAUUCUUGAUGAUAUCAAGCGGUUGAAGGAGUCGGGUUCGUACCGUGGCAGACGCCAUGCGUUGGGACUACCGGUUCGGGGCCAGAGAACGAGGACACAGAUUUCGACCGCUGUCAAGCUCAACCGUAUGGAAAGACGACUGUGA